UUCGGGCCCCGCCGCCAUUGGCGGAUAAAUUUAGGGGGUGACCCCACCUCAACCCCCCCAAAAAUGGCGGGACAGGCCGCGGGAGCCAUGGAGGGGACAGUGCUGUCCCUGCUGCUGUGGCGGUGCCCGGCGCGCUCGGCGCUGUCCCUGCUGCUGUCCCUGCUGGCUCUGGCCUGCCUGGCGCGGUUCAGCGCGGUGGCGGUGGUGGCACACGCGGCGCUGGCCGUGCUGGCUGUCACCGUGCCCCUGCGCCUGCGCCGGAUGGCCCUGGCGGUGCUGAGCCCCCCGCCCGCCCCCGAGCCCCCCGAGCGGCAGGAGCCGCUGAGCGCGGAGCAGCGCCAGCGCUGGGCGCGGUACCUGGCUCGCCACGCCGUGACGGCCGCCCACACCCUCACCCGCCUCUUCCUCGUCCACAGCGUCCCCGAGUCCCUCAAGUUCGCCUUCCUGUUCUACCUGCUGACCUACGUGGGGGCGGCCUGCAACGGGCUGACGCUGCUGGCAGCGGGUGUGGUCUGCGCCUUCACCUUCCCGGUGCUCUACCGGCGCCACCAGGCUCAGAUCGACCAGUACACCGGCCUGGCCAGGAGCCACCUCAGCCACCUGCGGGCCAGGCUCCUGGCCAAGCUCCCGAGUGCCAAAGCCACCCCGCAGUGACAGCGACACCCCCGAGGUGACACCGACGGGCUGGGGGAGGGGUGGCCCGCCCCGCCCCCCCCCCCCGUGUCCUUCCCCACCCCCAGAGCGGGGGGAGGGGUCAGACUUUAAUAAAAACUCUUGUGACA